GUUUUCUUGUACCGUUAUGGCUUAUGGACAAACAGGUUCAGGGAAAACUUACACUUUAACAGGACCUCAAGGUACUGAAGCAGCAAACAGUAAUAUUCCUGGUUUGGUACAUCUCGCUUUUAGCUACUUGUUUGAUGAAAUCGGGCAGAGGACAACCGAAGAGUUUACCAUACAUGCAUCGUAUCUAGAAGUGUACAAAGAACAUGUUCUCGAUCUUUUGAAUCCUUCACCCAAACAUCUUGCCAUCCGCUGGUCCAAAGUGAAAGGAUUCUACGCAGAGAAUCUGUUUUCUGUUGAAUGUGAAGAUCAAGGUGAUCUAGAAGGUGUAGUGGAAGAAG